AUGAAAACUAAUUUUUUCAUAAACUUAAGAUUAAACUAUAAACACAACCCAAAAGAAUACGAAAAUUUAAAAAUUAAAAUUACUGAUCUACUCACUCAGUACAAAAACUUUGUUGAUGUAAUUCGUAGCAACAAGCCUCAUGGUGAUGUAACACACCAACAGUCAUUUUCAAUAAACAACGGAAAGUCACACACAGAAAGUCACACAAAUCCCCAAUCAGUUCCUCCUCUUAAUCAACACGAAGUUGCUGUUAAUAAUUUUUUCAAAAAUUUGAAUGAUAUAACAGCAAAAACUAAAGAAUUUAAAGCAAAACUUGAGGAUAUUAAAAAAUACAUGGAAAAGAAUAAUGAAUUAUACCAAAAUAAUUUUGCCGAAAUAAUCGUGGAAAAGAUGGAAUUUCUUUCAAAAAAUUGGGAGAAAAUAUUUGAGGAUAUUUCGAAAGAUAGAGAAGAUGUUGAAGAAAUUAAAGAAAUCAAAAAUAUUUUCAAGAAUUCUGGCCAUCAAUUUGUUGGGUAUUGCCUUUCCCAACGAUUUCUUGAGGCAUUCAAAGAAGAUGGAAAAGUUAACAUUAAAGCAUUCAUAGACAACAAUUCACGACAAAAAUAUGCUCAAAAACUUGCUAAACUUGUUAAAAAUAAUCCUUUGGAUAUAAAUUUUUAUAAAUCAACAAAAGAAGUUAUCAAGAACUAUCUUGAUAAAAAAUGUGACAACAAAUUAUCAAAUUUUUCAAAAGACUGUCUCUCAUUCAUUGAAAAUAUUUUUCAAAAAUGGAAAGGUUUUUGUUCGAUUGAUAUUGAAAAUUUGGAAUUUGAAAAUUUUGAAGAAAUUGUUUUUAAAAAUGAAAAUUAA